CUCCUUCGCCACUGCCUCUUCCUCCUCCGAUCGACCGAGCUCCCUCGAUUCUCUUCUCAUCACAGAGUCGGCGGGGCGAUCGUAUUUCUUCACAGAGCAUAUACUGAUGAACAGCAAUUGAUACGAGUAGUAAUUGUUCUUCAACAUCGCCUUGUUUUUUGAUGGAAAUAGGAUGGGUGUUCGACAAUGUCAGGUGUGUGAGGAAGUCCAAUCCAAGUACAAGUGUCCCAUAUGUCUUAUUCCAUAUUGCUCACUUGCCUGUUUCAAGAAACACAAAGAAGUUCCUUGCUCCAAACCAUCAAUUUCUGAGGCAAAGCUGGUGCCCGUUGUAAUACCUGAAAGGCCAUUGCAAGUAGAUAAACAAGAUUGGCUGCUUCAGAAAAAACAGUACGAAUUAUUAGCAUCUUCAGAUCAAAUCCGAGAUGCAUUGAGGGACGAAAAACUUCGAGAAAUUAUAUGCAAAAUUGACUGUUCCACAAAUGGAUAUGAUGAACUGGAGAAAGCCAUGGAAGGAGGGUCCUUCAGAGAGUUCGCGGACAAGAUUCUGUCUUUCCUUGGUUGACAGGAACAAGACAUCGGUUGCUUGCACAUGCCAUGCAUCGAAACCACCAACAGAUUUUGCUCUCUGCUUGUAAGUUAUUGUACGAUCAGGACCACAUUUUUCUCUGAAAAUGGGGAUUUCCUUCUAGACCCUGUCACUCAUCUCUCUUUUGUCGGAGGCCACACCGAGCGUGAUGCAUCCAAAUUGCUAGAAACAGCCGUAGCAUGAUAAAGUCGAGCAUCUCCAACUUGUCGUACUGGAAAGAAGACAUUGCCAUAUGUUGCAUGUAAUUGGCAUUUGUGUACAUUUACAAAGCUAAAUACUUGAAAGUUUCUUGUUGGUUGGCCAGUAUUCUAA